UAUUUAAUAAUUUUAUUACUUAAAUUUUCUGUACUACAAUCGAGAUACCGUGUGUGUACAUCUAGCAUUAUUAGUAAGUUUCGUUUAUCGAUAUCGACAUUUAUUACAUACAUAUCUAGUGUCUAGUAACUCUAGUGUUAUUUAUGUCACAAUUGACUUUGACUCUUGUGCGUGCACUUUGUUUAUAAAAUAGGUUAUGUUAUGAAACGUGAAUUUUGAAGGAAGUGAAAGACAUUAUUUUUUGUUAAAGCUAAAGUGCGGAGAGAUUCUACGAAUUAUAAUAACAUAACACAUACGAUGGCGGGGAAAACUAAAAAGAUACAGUUGCCCAAAUCGGUGCUGGAAAUGAAAUUCAUGAAAAAAACAAGAGAAAGAAUAGAAAAGGAAAUGGAAAACACUCAAGAUCAUAGCAGUUUAUACUCCAAUAUAAUUACAAAUGAAAUGAGAAGUGCGUCUGGUAAUUUCAUAUCUGAAUCAAGUUUCAUAUUUUGUGAUACGAUGGUUGAAGGCCGGCUAUCAUUCAAGGGUAUGAAUCCAGAGAUUGAAAGGCUCAUGGAGCUAGAAAAUGCUGAUAAAAAUGAACAACCAAGCAGUGAAAUGGUUAAAGAUGUAUCAGAUGAAAUUUUGGCAAAGAAAAUGAACAAGUUCAAUAAAAAAAGACAAAACCAAAAUCCUAAUGGUGAGGGAAUUAACAACAAGAGAAAAAAAGUAAAUAAUUUGUGACUUCAUUAUUAUGGUUCACAAUUUAUUUUAUACAGAUUGUAUAAUGUAAUUAUAAACGUGCAUUCAAAGAACACUAUGUGUUCAUACUUAAAGUAGAUACUCUUGUUAUGACAUUGUAAAUAUUAUUUAAAAAUAAUGUAGUCAUAUUCAAUUAUAUUUUAAGAAUUACGAUGUAAGGUAUAUGUAUAUAUACUAAUAAAACAAGAAAGCAAAAUA